AUGUACAAUGCUGAUCACCUAGUCCCCAGCUAUCGCCCGUUAAUUUACCAGCGGGCGCUGCACCUCAUCUCCGGACUAUCCUUUGUGCAUUCAAAGGAUAUUGUUUUUGGUGACCUCAGGAUUGAAGUAUGUUGGCUGGAAAAAGAACUUUCUCUGUUGCUGCUGGGCUUCCUCGACGCUGUUUAUAAAGUACCCGGGUUCUCAAAACGAUAUAUCAACCAGGGAGGGCGAUAUGAGUAUGAACCGUUCCACCCCUGUCAUAAACGCCCAUGGGAUAGUUUACUGGCUACUCCGCAGACUGAUCUCUUUGUCUGGGGAUGCCUCAUCUAUCAACUCAUGACAGGGUUCUGGCCCAAGCAUGAGCGACAAAGAUCAGACGCGGAAAUCCGGGCUCUGUUCCUGAAUCGCCAGUGGCCAUUACUUGAAACACAGUACCUCGGCGGUGUGGUACGGAAGUGUUGGGAUUAUGGAUAUCGGGAUGCCGAGCAUUUAAAGACAGACCUGAUUCGGUUCCUAACAGAUGAGGGCUGGGAGGUUGACGGGGAUGAACUGCGUGGGUUUCGAGCUACUGAUCUUUUUCAGGAUGAAGGGGCCAUUUCAUCAAAGGCGUCUUCACUGAUCUCCAUGUUCUCGAAAUCUGCUUCGAACAUCUCGAGCGAAGCGGGCUUCCCAUCUGUGUAA